GAGUGUCUCUUUCGAAUUCUAAUCGAUCCAUAACUCUUUCAACCUUUAUUUGAACGGUGUGAGGGUUCUGCGGUUUGGUUGACUAUUGAUACCGGUUUCAGUCGCACGGGAGCUACGACAAAGGAACGAAAUGGAAAAGCCACCAAGUGUCCCACCACCGCCGGAGCCGGAACCGGAGCCGGAAAAUUUGCACGAAAUGUACAUCGAUCACUGUUUCGAGCGCAUCCGCCAGGUACGGUUGGUGAAGCAAGUGAUCGUGAUGAACGAGAAUGGCCAUCCGGUACGUAGCACGAUCGAAAACCCGGAGGAUGCGAUAACUGCUGCCGGUCUGUACGCGAGUUUGAAGGAUAAAGCCUACUGGAACCUGAAAUCGAUCGAUGCGGACGAUGAGUUUGUGAUGCUGCGUAUCAAAACGCGCAACAACGAGGCCAUCAUCAGCACCGAUCCGGAGCAUGGAUUGAUGUACAUAACGGUGCAAGUACCAGAGUGAGAGUGGAUAAGACUUUCAAAGGAUUGAU